GCCUCCAGUCAAAACGAAGAAGGGAGCCAAAGCUGCAGCAAAAUCCAACAUCAGAGGAGAAUCAUUCUGACUUUUUUUUAGUUUGUUUCUUUUGGUGUGAGUCCUUGCUGACUGCAAACUCUUACUAAAUAUUUUUGUUAUAUUUUGCGCCAGCCUACAGUAGAUCUCACCAUGAGAUGCUGUACUUUACUUGUGUGUUUACUUUUGGGCAUAAGCACACAAAACGGAUGGAGCCUUCCCCUGAAGUCUGUCUUUGUCACCUUUCCAGGAGACAUUCCCAAAAACUUGACUGAUUCAGAGCUGGCAGAAAAAUACCUAAAGAACUUCGGCUACAUGAAUUCUGUGGAACGCAGUGGCUUCCAGUCUAUGGUGUCCACCGCCAAGGCUCUGAAGAGGAUGCAGAGGCAGCUGGGGCUGGAGGAGACUGGGGUGCUGGAUAAAGAAACCCUGGAUGCUAUGAAAAAACCUCGCUGCGGAGUUCCUGAUGUGGCCAACUAUCAAACCUUUGAAGGAGACCUCAAGUGGGACCACAACGAUGUUACUUACAGGAUCCUUAACUAUUCCCCAGACAUGGAUAGCGCUAUCAUUGACGAUGCUUUUGCCAGAGCGUUUAAGGUGUGGAGUGAUGUGACCCCUCUGACUUUUACCCGUCUCUAUGACGGCACGGCUGACAUCAUGAUAUCGUUUGGGAAAAAGGACCACGGAGACCCCUACCCAUUUGAUGGUAAGGAUGGCCUUCUAGCCCAUGCCUACCCCCCUGGUGAGGGUAUUCAGGGAGACGCCCACUUCGAUGAUGAUGAGUUCUGGACCCUGGGGAAAGGAGCAGUUGUGAAGACUCACUUUGGAAAUGCGAAUGGCGCCACGUGCCACUUUCCCUUCAGUUUUGAGGGCAAAUCUUACUCCACCUGCACCACAGAGGGCCGCACAGACAAUCUGCCAUGGUGUUCCACCACAGCUGACUACGACAAGGACAAGAAAUAUGGCUUCUGCCCAAGUGAACUUCUAUACACUUUUGAUGGAAAUGCUGGUGGAGCUCCAUGUGUUUUCCCUUUCAUCUUUCUGGGGGAGGAGUAUGACAGCUGUACCACAGAGGGCCGCAGUGAUGGUUACCGCUGGUGUGCCACCACAGGCAACUUUGACCAGGAUAAGAAAUAUGGAUUCUGUCCCAGUCGUGAUAUAGCUGUAAUUGGUGGAAAUUCUGAGGGAGAUCCCUGCCACUUCCCCUUUGUGUUCCUGGGUAAGGAGUAUCACUCAUGCACAAGCGAGGGACGAGGAGAUGGCAAGCUGUGGUGCAGCACCACUGACAGCUAUGAUGAUGACCAGAAAUGGGGCUUCUGUCCUGACCAGGGUUAUAGUCUGUUCCUGGUGGCUGCCCACGAAUUUGGACAUGCUCUUGGCCUGGAUCACUCCAACAUUAGAGAAGCUCUCAUGUACCCCAUGUACAGCUAUGCUGAAGACUUCUCCUUGCAUAGCGAUGACAUUGCCGGCAUUCAGUUUCUCUAUGGAAGUAGACCUGGCACUGACCCCACCCCACCUAACCCCAACCCCCCUACCGCUGAGCCCACUGAGCCCACUGAUCCCACUGAACCCACCACCACCACUACUGCAGUACCUGUGGAUCCAACCAAAGAUGCCUGCAAGCAGGACACAUUUGACACCAUCACUGUGAUUCAAGGAGAACUACAUUUCUUCAAGGAUGGACAUUACUGGAAGAUGUCCGGGAGCAGCAAUGCAGAGCUCAAAGGGCCCUUUUCUAUUUCUAACAAGUGGCCUGCUCUUCCAGCUGUCAUCGACUCUGCCUUUGAGGACAGUCUGACCAAGAAAUUGUACUUCUUCUCAGGGAGCAGAUUCUGGGUUUACACAGGACAGAAUGUUCUGGGUCCCCGCAGCAUUGAGAAACUAGGCCUGCCCAACAACAUUCAGAAAGUGGAGGGAGCUCUGCAGAGGGGGAAAGGCAAAGUGCUGCUCUUCAGUGGGGAGAACUUCUGGAGGCUGGAUGUGAAGGCCCAGACAAUCGACAAGGGCUAUCCAAAGUUUACCGAUGUUGUCUUUGGUGGUGUCCCCAAUGAUGCUCAUGAUGUAUUCCAGUACCAAGGUCACACUUACUUCUGCCGGGAUCGCUUCUACUGGCGUAUGAAUUCCCGCAGACAGCGGGGAGAUACUCAUGGUGCCCGACUAGAAUGAAGCAACAAUUAUCGGUUAGUAACUUCUGUUCGAAUUAGCGCCUCCACACCAAAGGAUACCCUACUACUCGAAAAUAUACGGGAGAGAAUUUGGGCGGUCUGCCGCAGCGGAGGCCCUCGAGUUAUGGAUUUGGAGGAGAAUGAGGUGGAGAGCAGCAGUGAUGCAGGUCCCUCAGGGAUGGAGGAGCCAUCUGAAAGUGGCAUGGGAAUGGAGUCAUCAGAGGCGAUGUCUGCAGACAGCAGUGAUGCUGCUGCUUCUCAUGCACAGGCCCCAGAGUCUGACUGCCAUGUUGGACAGAGCUCGGAGGGACUUGUGGUGUUCAUCCCAGAAACAAGCUCUAGCACAGAUGUCAGAGUUUCAUCAGUCCAUCUUCCAGACUCCUCUUCAGUGGCCCAGUCCACCAGUGUGUCCAGUGUCUCCACGGUGACUCAGUCGGUGCUUGUGUCUGAGUCAGCUCAAGUGCUGGUCCACUCGAGUGCUGUCUCUGAAGGGGCUAUGAUGGUUUCUGACUCAACUGCUUCUACCUCAUCAGAUCUGGGGUCUGCCAUUGACAAGAUCAUAGAAUCCACCAUCGGCCCCGAUAUCAUGAAUGGUUGUAUAGCUGUGACCAGUGCAGAAGAUGGGGGUGCAGAAACAACCCAGUAUCUAAUACUACAAGGUCCAGAUGACGGUGCUCCUAUGGUAGCUCAGAUGUCAUCUUCUGCCCUGUCCAAUCGUAUAGCAAUAGAAGCUCUUGCCGAAGGUCCCACAUCCACCUGUCUUGACCAGAGAGACCUGCAAGGCAAUGUUGAGCCUGACCAGCCCGAUGAUCAGCCUGGACAUUCAGGUUACUUAGAAGACAGCAGCAGCCAGCCUGACCAGCCACAGCACUCCCACCCCUCCCAGUACAUGGACUGCAGUGCAGAUGGUCCAGACCAGACAGAGGAAUCUUCAUCUUCCUAUGUGGAGUGUUCAGGUGAGGAACCUGACCAGACACGCUCCCGUUCAGGCUUCCCUGACUAUAGUGGGAAUAACAGUGACCAGGAUCUGCCUGGUUAUGUGGGGUGCAGUGGAGCUGACUCAAAUCCUACCAGCCGAAGUCACUAUGUGGUGGAGUGCAGUGCUGGGUAUCCUGGGCGUGCAGUGGAUGAGGGGGAACGGCCACAUCAUUCACGCAGUUACAUUGACAGUAGUGCAGACCACCGGACUCAGACAAGUCGUCAGUAUGCGGCUGAGUAUGGUGGGGAAUGUGUUGUAGCUGCAGAUUCUGAGCAGCCAGGUUGUUCUCGUUACCAAGCAGAAGACGAUGAUGAAGAUGAUGAUCAGAACCAGGAUCCAGAUCAGCCACAGCACUCUCAACAGCAGCCCCAGCACUCCUGUUAUAUGGAGAGCAGCAAUGGCCCAGAGGCUUCUCUCUAUACUGACGACAGUUCCUCUUCAGACCAUCCUCUGGCAGACACCGCAGGUUCAGGUGGACUUCCAGAGGCACUGGAAGGCAGCGAGAGCCAGCCGGGCCCAUUCAUCAGCAGCAGUGGGACCUAUACCUCUAAUGCAGAACCUGAGCUGGCCCAGCACUGCUCACCCAGCAAAGAGGAGCCCCAAGGCUCUCAGGAUGAAGCUGGGCUGGGCAGGGACAUGGAGACAUCAACUGUAGCAGAAGGCUCUGGAGAACGACCACCAAACCUGGCUGAGUUAGAGGAAAUGAUGGAGGUAGUGAUCGUGCAGCAGUUCAAGUGUAAAAUGUGUCCAUACAAGAGUGCCUCCAAAGAUACUCUCAUCAACCACAUGAGAGACAAACACUUCAAACCUGCAGGGGAAAUGCCAAAGAAGCGUAAACGUGGACGACCUCCUAAAAGUGAGACCUUAGCCCGUAAAAAGGCAGAGAGGGAGGAGGCAGCAAAGAUGAAGGCCGCAGAGUCCCAGCAAGCAGCAGCAGCAGAAGAAGAGGAGGAUGACAUUGUGGAUGAUGGUGCUAUUGAUGAUCCUGAAAAGGACAGCGACUACAACCCAGUUGAUGAAGAUUCCAAAGGAAGACCACCUGCCGUUCUGAAAAAGUCAGCAACUCCCACUUCCUCCUCCUCUUCCUCUCAAGGGCGUCCCCGACGUAAAGCUGGCCGUCCAAGGAAGUACUCAGUUGUAGAUGAAGGCUACAGCAGCAAAGAAGCAGAAAGUAUUGCUAAGAAGCCUAGGGUUUGUUCGGAUGCUAAUGAGUCUGAAGAGGCAAGCUCUUCAGGCCUAGACAAUAGUGCACCCACGGUGACUGAUGGAGAUGCACCUGAGGCAGCAAUUAGCCAGUCAGACUCUGAGAACAAAGAUCCUUCAUCCAACCAACGGACUGAGGAGGAGUACUUCCCAAGAAAACGUGGCAGACCAUCCCGGCGCUUCCUUCGCAAGAAAUAUAAGAAGUAUAUGAAUCGGAAUCGGCACUAUAAAUCUCUCAAACCACUCCUGAGACCUCACAACUGCUACAUCUGUGGGUCACGUUUCCUCACUCUAGAAGACCUGCGCUUCCACAUCGACUCACAUGAAGGCAAUGAUCCGGAGCUCUUCAAGUGCCUGCAGUGCAACUAUCGCUGCAAGCGCUGGUCCUCGCUCAAGGAGCACAUGUUCAACCACGAGGGCACCAAGCCAUUCAAAUGUGAGGAGUGUGAUUACACAAGCGUGUACAAGAAAGAUGUUAUUCGGCAUUCGGCAGUCCACAACAAAGAGCGGAAAAGGAAGACAGAGUCGGUGCCGAAGGCGUCGGAGUUCCCCUGCCCUGUGUGUCACAGGGUGUAUCCCAUGCAAAAGAGACUUACUCAGCACUUAAAAACCCACAGCUCAGAGAAACCACACAUGUGCGAUAAGUGUGGAAAAUCCUUCAAGAAGCGUUACACUUUCAAAAUGCACCUCCUAACCCACAUCCAGAGUCUUGAGGACAACAAGUUCAAAUGUGAGUUUUGUGACUACAAUUGUGACAACAAGAAGCUGCUGCUCAACCAUCAGCUGUCCCACACCAACGACAGGCCUUUUAAGUGCGACUACUGUAAAUACUCUACUUCCAAAGAGGAGUUUCUCGUCUCCCAUCUGGCGAUCAAACACACAGGCGAGAAGCCUUUCUCCUGUGAUAUGUGUCACUUCAUGACUAAGCACAGGAAGAACCUGCGCCUUCAUGUGCAGUGUCGCCACGCAGAGGCAUUUGAAGAGUGGUCUUUGGCUCACCCUGAAGAGCCUGUAAAGACACGGCGCAGACCUUUCUUCACCCUGCAGCAAAUAGAAGAGCUGAAACAGCAACAUGAAGACACACAGAGCUUGCAGAACACUAUUGUCACUGUGGAUUCUGCAACACUGCAAGCCAUGCAGGGCAUGGAAAACGCCUCAGUGUCCCAGGACGCUUUGGGAAACACCACGAUUAUCUAUGAACAAGCUGAAUCCAGCGACCUAUCUGCUCAGAAUGCCCUGGACCUACUACUGAAUAUGAGCAAUGCACGGGAGCUGGUUGGGAACUCCUUACAGGUAGCAGUGCUGAAGUCAGAUGGAAAAGCUUUGGAGAAGGGAACAUGGAGCACGGUGACAGCAGCGUCCGGUCAGGCCCAAAAGAUCUUGACCUUCCAUGUUUCUGAGAAUGGUGAGACAGUGCUACAAGAGGCCUACGAGGCUGCCACCUCUGAAACAGGAGAGCUUACCCACAUCGCCAUUGAAGGCUAUGAGGGGGGAGGGGACUUCAGUGUGGUGGAGCAGGCAGCUGAAGAAAUCCGUAGUCCUGGAUAUAGUAAUGUGGAGUCUAGCCCUUCUCAAGCUUUAGAGGUUUCUGGGUCAGAGAGCUUGAAAAGUGACAAGUAUUAUCUUACAUCAGCUCUGGCUGAUGGUGUAUUGCAACAAGUGGAGCUGAGCAGCGAAGCUCCAGGUUCUCCCUCUGCAGUGGGCUCUCCCAGUCUCACUACGAAGAGGUUUUCCUGUCGAAUCUGCAUGGAGUCUUUCCAUGGACGCUCGGACAUGGAGAACCACAAGAGGGCGCACGUGGAUGCCAAUACUUUUAAGUGUCCUGACUGUGACUUCACCUCCACCUCCUGGCCUGAGGUCAAGACCCACAUGGAACAGCACUCCUACCUGCGUCCUCACAAGUGUCCAAACUGCAGCUUUGCCUCCAAGAACAAGAAAGACCUACGCAGACACAUGAUGACGCACACCAAUGAGAAACCAUUUUCUUGCAAACUUUGUGGACAAAGGUUUAACCGCAAUGGCCAUCUGAAGUUUCACAUGGAGCGUCUUCACAAUCAGGAUAAUCCUGCUCGCAAAAGUCGAACUACUGCGUCUCAGCAAACCAUAAUAGUUAACAGCGAUGAGGAGGCAUUAGCCACACUACAGUCCCUGCAGGGACAUCAGGCAGUGAUCACUCCCGAGCGGCUGCAGGCUCUAGGACAGGAGCACAUCAUUGUAGCUCAGGAACAAGCACUGUCAGACCAGGAGGAAGGUGCAUACAUCCAGCAGAUAACCACCAUAGACGGUCAGACGGUCCAGCAUCUGAUGACGGGAGACAACCAGGUGACUGAGGUCCAGUAUAUCAUCUCACAGGAUGGAGUUCAACACUUACUUCCUCAAGAGUAUGUAGUAGUAGCUGAUGGCAACCACAUACAGAUGCCAGACGGACAGAUAAUCCAGUACGAACAUGACAGAACCAUUGUUCAGGAGCAACAGAUUGCUGUAAGUCACGACGGUCAGAUCCAGUACCUACCUGUCAGCUCUGAUCAACAAAUCGUGAAUGCUGAAGAUCUGGAGGCUGCUGCCCACUCUGCUGUCACAGCCGUAGCAGACGCAGCCAUGACACAGACCCAGACAGUCUACACUGAGGCUACACCUGAGCAACUGGAAGAGCUGCAGCAACAGGGCAUCCACUAUGAUGUCAUUACUUUCUCCAAUGAAUAUAUCUGUCUUCUAAAAGGCCAGGAGAGGAUUAAAGAGUUCGAGCACAUUUUCCUGAGACUCUCCUUUCCUUCAUUUUACAACAGCUACAACAAGGCUUGCUGUAAACUGUAUCCGGGAGGCUGCUACAGGCUGAUGGACAGUUCAGGAUAUACCUGUGAACUUUUGAAAGGAAGAGUGACCAAAAUUGAAAAAGAUGGCUGGAUUGAAUUUAGAAUAUCAAAUGUGCAAUUUGUAGAUGGAGGCUUUUACAGGUGUGUCGUGCUGGGAACCCCAAAUCACAUCUACAGGGACUAUUAUGUAGAAGUGUCUGAAGUUUCAGAUCACUUCAGCCAUUCACAGCCUCCAAUCACAGGGACCACCAAAGCCCCCGGUACAUCCACAGCACUUCCAGAGUCCACUAGACCUGCUUUAGCAGAGGACCACAGUGACAGCAACAGAGUCUCCUGGAGUUUUAGUUUGCCGCUGGCUGUCAUUGUGGCAAUUACAGUGAUGAUGUUCAUCAGUUCAGUGAUUGGUGUUGUUUGCUGCAGAGUCAGGACAAAAUCCAAACCGCUAGACAAAUAUGGAGAAACUCACUGUGACUCACUGAACCAAGAAGCUUCGGAAACGAGUGGCAUAGUCUACACAGUGGUGGAUUUCAGGGCUCUGCAGAAGCCCGAAGAAGUGUAUGCAAAUGUGAGGAUGCACAAAGCACCAACAGGAGCUGCUGACGAAGAGCAUGCUGGGAUGGUGGAAUACUCCAUACUGGCAUUCCAACCGUGA